CAACAGAACGCUCCGGCGGCCGAAAUAUGCCCGUUUGUGUACCGACAGCGUAUUAAAACGUGCGCCGCUCCAUAUGCAUGUCUUGCGAACUUUGUUUCGCAGCUAGACCUCUCAUCAAAAUUCUCGUUACAGACUUCUUGGUUUGGCUCCGCUCGAGCAUGGCGGCGUAAGAAAAUUGCCAGCAGUUGUUAGACGAAAUGCUGCACCGAAGUACUUCGUCCCGACGCCGCCGGGCGUCCCGGAGUGCGGCGUCCUCUCCCCAAAUUAGGCCUUCCCGAUCGGCCGGCACGAGUCCUGGCCGAAGGGCGAGCAUCGCCGUCUCGCCUGUGGAUAGUGAAAGGGCCUCCAGAAGUACUCUAGCACCCGAAAAAAAUCGCAGUCCUAGACACAGCAUCAUUCCCGAUAUAUCUCUGGACAGUCAGUCUCCUGAUCAGGACGAUUUACGGAGUCCCAGACAUAUCCUUGCAUCCGACUCGGCUCUGAGUCCUCGAAACAGCCUCAUACCCGACACUGCGGCUUUAAGAAGUCCCAGACAUAGUUUAGUGCCAAAUGACACUUACUCACGAAGUCCUCGUAAUAGUUUAGUGCCGGAUUCGGCGUUAAGUCCACGAAAUAGUUUAGUGCCGGAUGGUUUCAACCGGAGUCCUAGAAACAGUCUAGCACCUGAUGUACAUAAGAGCGGUAGGAAUAGUUUAGUACCUGACCCGGGUCGUAGUCCUAGGCAUAGUCUGGUACCUGACAAUAACACGUACGGAUCGAGAACCAACCUGGUCCCGGAUUUUAACCGGAGUCCUAGAAGCAGUUUAGUUCCAGAAUCGAGUAGAACUCCCAGGGCGAGUCUCACUCCGUCUGAGUCUAUGAACUGGCCGAAGGAAGAAGAGACGACGUGUAGUAGGAGUCCGAGGCAUAGUAUCGUACCUGAUACUAGAAGUCCUAGAGGAAGUAUAGCACCGGAGACUUUGUGCAUGAGGACGAGUCCAAGAGGUAGUAUUGCUGGCGAGUACAUUGGCGACAGGAGUCCUAGAGGAAGCAUCGGACCAGAAAGCGCCGGGGAAAAUAGAAGUCCCAGAGGAAGCAUUGCAAGGAGCACACUGAACGCAGACGAGUGCGGUAGAAGUCCCAGAGGGAGUCUGACGUUGACUUUUCAGGAACCGCUCUCUAAUGAACGACGCUCAAGUGCCGACAAUCCUUCCGGAUCGAGAAGCGGAGGUCGUAGCACAUCUCCUUACAGAUCCUCUUCCAGAGGAGCAGUUAAUGCAGCGUACAGUGGCAAUUCUGGAUUCUCGGAGAGCGGAUCCAGACGCGCAAGCAGUUCCGUUAGUCAGGUGGGCCUGCCGCAGGUGUCCGGGGACGAACAACGCCGUCUCUGUUCCGACCAAAAAUACGGGGGCGGCGAACAAGGAAUCGGACUUGGUAUAUCGUUAACAACUUACGGAUCUGUGGCCUACCAGCUGAAGGACGCUAAUCUCGAGGCAUCAGGAACUUGCGACUUUGUCUGCAAAGCUUUGAGCAUCGUCAAUAGAACCGUGGUGGUUACAGUCGUCCUGGUGUGCUUAUCCACUCUACCUCUGCUAAUGUUGAUCAUGGGUAUUCAAUUCCUGAAAGACUGUCCCAAAGAGCCACACAUUCCCAUCUACAUGGUGGUUGGGGGCAGCGUCGGCUGCGUGAAAAUGGGUUUAACUCUCUACAACCAACUGCAUACCCGUCGCAUGGAUGCUACCACCGCCGCCAACUCAACAUCCAUAGGUUCAAAAGUGGCUUCAGUCGCCCUCACCGUCACUCUCAUUAUAUGGUUCGCCCUGGGUAACUACUGGAUUCUGCGGAUUAAGUGGCCUGACUACAGCCCCAGUCUCUUCGAGCCCAACCGCUGGUGCCACCGCACGCUCUACGUGUUCGCAUUGGUCCAUUUGUGCAUCCUCUACUCGGUGAUUGGUUGCAUUGUCGUUCUCAUGGUUGUCCUCGCCGGUUGUCAGAUGUUUGGAUGCCCAUGGCUGGGUCCGGCGAGGUACAAAUAGCAGAACCCGCCUGACUACUUCGAACUGUGGGAUGUGCCCAGAACUUACCACUGACUUGCUCAAGUGAGUACGAAAGUUGUGCCGCUUCCAUUCUAUUUAAUCGUAGUUGGGUUUUGCCGCUUUUGGAAGAUAGGUGUUGAGGCUAUGACACCGAAAGCGGUAAAACUCGAUCUUGACUGUAUAGAUUGCUUCAACGAUUUAUUAUUCGAAACUGUCUAGCAACUGUCACUUAGGAAUUAAUGACGACGUCAAUUAGCUUUACUAACUGUAGAUUACUCCUUAACAUAUUUAUAUAUUUUUAACUACUUUAUAACUAAUAUAAAUCUUAUGAAACAUGUGUUGGAGGUGAUGUUGAUGUAAUCUGGGUGUUAUCGCUGUUCAUCUAGCACGCGCUGCUCGAGAAUUGAAAAUUAAAAUUCUAGCAUGGGACUGUUACGAGGUUUAUGUUUGUGUCGGGAAACUGGUAAUAUGGUUUCAGCGAACUUUUUUCUUGUUUCGUCCCAUGUUAAUUGCACUUGGUAAAUUUAAGUUUGCAGCAGAGGCGUGACAAUUAUCUUUGAUUACAGGGCUUUAUUAAAUAGCCGCUGAGAUAAUAAAACUAAAGUUGGAACUUCGUGUAGUUAGACAAGUAAUAAGUUAGGUUUGUCUUCAAACGCUUUUGCAGCGUGAGCUGUUUGCCGUAUAAUUAUUUGUAAAGGCGGGUUAUUUCUGAAGUCCGUUAAUUUACCACUUACAAAGUUAAACGAAUCCUUGCAUUGCAAUCAGCAUUCUUUUCGUGGCACAGAUACUGUAAAAGGACAUAAAAUAAUGCUUCUGGUCUUGUUAUGGUUAGGAGUCAUGUGAUCGUAAAAUAGAUAAUUCCAUAUGCCAGCUGCUUCAGGGUUUAUUUAAUGCAGGAAAAUAUGGAGAUCGAUGAAAAUGUCUUCGUGCACUGAAAGUCAAGUUUAACGUGCUUAUUGUUAAAAUGAUUAGCAAUUUUCAGCACUUUUAUGUCAAAUGAAAUUCAAAUAAAUGCUAAGAAUAUGUACGAGUAUAUACAGCUUGUUGCAAAACAAACGCCUCAAAUUAUUUCUGGGUUAUUAUAGGUUGUUGAAAAAUGCUGAAAAAAUCCCAUCUCUUUUAGUUUUCAAGAGAGAGGGCUCCAAACAGACCACUUUUGAUCAUCUUUGAAGUAAAAUUUUGACAAUUAAAUUUUUGCAUUUAUUUGCUCUUAUUUAUUGUACCGUUUCAUCCAUUUUUAGAAAUAGUUUUGCUGUUGAGUUUACAUGAAAAAUCAUCAUUGUUAGCAGAUAUCAUCGUUGUGAUUGUCAAAAAAUUUGUCAAUUUUUGCUUUUUUAAAAAACGAGAGACAAUUUUAGAGCAAAUUUUUAAAGUUUUGACCAUUUGGUUGAAUGUUUCUAAUUUUAUUUGGCUGAACUUAUUUUAAUAUCUCAAAGGUCACUGUGCCAUUAUGAUUCUUUCCAAACGUGUUUCUCUUCUUACUGGAACAGUGAUAUAAACCGAUUGUUUUGUAUGCCCCCAAGGGAAAUAAUCUAAUGAAUUGAGAUCCGUUGAUUGGGCCGGCCAGUGUAUAGUACCUGCCCGACUAAUCGUAAGAAUAAUAAUACAUUAGUGUGUAUUAUUAAGGUAGAAUUAAAUGUUCCCAAACUGAGUCUACAAAAAUCCUCAAAUGCCAUAAAACUAAAAGAGAUGGAAUUUUUUCAACAUUUUACAGCUUUUCGGACUUUAAAUGACUACAUAAUAAAGGAUACUUUGACAUGUCUAUAGUUUGGCACAUGCUGUAUAAAUCGUUCUUUCAUACAGUCAUGCACCUAAAUGGACUUAAAAAUUGAAUGUAUAAUAAACUACAACAAUUAAAUCCAGAAAGAGAUACUCCUAUAAUUUAUAACUAAUUAUAUUUUCACAUAAAAAACCAAUCUUGCUAUUGACAUACGUCAAUAACCUUCGUUGUAAUAGACUGAAGACUGGUCAUCAAAAAAUACAUAACCUAAACAUAUUUUUAAGAAAUGUUAAAACUUUAGUAUAAUUACUGUCAACAAUAAAAAGACAGAAACUAUUAAUAAAUAACGAACGAAAGCAGUCACAAAUAAGGGGAUACUUUGUAUUAUUUUAUGUUGCAAUGUUUAAUUACAGUAUGCUCCUGUGAAUUGUGAAAACAGAAGCUUAACUUAAACAAGCGUACAACAUAGGUCAAAAAAAACCUUUUUUUUCGCAUCGAGUACAAAGUUUGUACAUAAAAAUAAUUGUAUUUAUUUGAAAAAUACGAUUUUGAGGUGUACACUAGGUUCUUAUUACUAUUUUAGUUGUAAAAAUUUUGCAAUGUUAUAUUGUGUAUCUAUUCAAAGUGAGUACCUAUACAUUUCGAUGUCGUAAUAAUUUUGGUAAUGAGUGAGUUUCAUGUGAUCUGAAAAAAUAUUCAUUUACAUAACUUUCAUCUAUCUGCUAACUUAUUUCAUCGUGACGUAAUAACAGCACAAUACAUUCAACAUUGUUAUUGUGAUUUUCCAAAAAUUUCUAAAUGGUUGAAAUUGAAAAGAUUGCCACAUUCAACUUCAAUUGGAACGACUUUGUAUAUUAUAAAAUUUAUAAUUAAUUAUUAUUAUCGAAUUAUGAUUUACUGAUAAACACUAUAAUAUUUUUUACAGUUUAUAAACAACACCGUUUUUGUUAUAAAUUUUGCUCAUUUAAAAAAAAACGACUUGCAUAAAAAAAUCAAAGCUACGAACGAAAUAUACUUGUUUUCACAUCUGCUUGACCUACCACAACUUACCGCCGUGUUCUCAUUUUGAAAAAAAUAAAGUAAAAUAUGAGUGGUACGUUAAUUUUGUGAAGCAGUGUAGUUACAAUUAAACCUAAUAUUUAUUAUCUACUACAAGCCAACUAUACAAUUUGUAUUAAACUUACUUCUACUUUUAAUAGACUAUAAUUACUAGAGUAUAAAUUUGAGAUAGGUAUAAUGCUUAUAAAAAUGUAGACACCCUGAACUCUUUGAAAUUGAAAUUUCAACAUAAUUUCGCAGACAAGAGUGCAACGUUGUUUUGUGAAAAAUAAAAUCAUGUUCACCAAAGUCAAAUGAAAUGUUAAAAAAAAUGUGAAAUUUAAAAGUGAGGAAACUAAGCAGACAAUGAAAUAAUGUUAGGAAACCAAUAGGUUGAAAAUCGUUCACAGGUACAAAUGUGUUAAACAAUGCUUAACAAACUGGUUGGACCCAUAUGUUACUUGAUACGGAAUAACUGAAUCGCGGCACGCUUUGUUCGCUUUUCCGUUGUGCGCCUUUGAGGCAUUACAAUUUAUAGUUAAUACAAUAACCUCCAGAAUUUACAAACUGUAAGUAAAUUGAUAUUAUUGAUUAAAACUAACAACACAACCUUGCAUAAUUGUGUAAGCGCAGUGGUAACUAAAGCCUAGUAAGUAACUUCAAAAUAAAAGAUUUUGUCGGAGCUACACUCCAGAAUUUUUGAAAAUAUCAACCGUAAUAAUUUUGAAUUUUUUCUGUUGUUUCUAAGAUCUGUUUGUAAGGAGACUAAAUUUAAAAGUAAAGUUAAAUAGAACAAAUACGGCUUGCAUCAACCAAACAAAAAGAGCAUAAUAAAUCUAAAUAGUGAUACAAAUUUUCACAUAUUUUUUUUAUCUGAAAGCAUAAUCAUACUCCAUUUUUCUGUUAUAGCCGCUUCAUCUGAAAGACUUUAUAAAUGAUUAAUAAUGGUUUUAAUUUGGCAAUACUUUCGCGUGAAGGAAGGUUUUGAGUUUCAAAAAAUUACAUGGUGUGUGGUAAAUCUUUGAACUGGGCUUCAAUAUAUUUCAACUGCUCCUUUACACCGGCUUUGUUGAGAAUAUAACAUAUAAUAUAACAGUUUUUAUUGCCUCAAAAUUGUUGAUAUAAAACAACCCGGCCUGCAACCACGUACCCCAACAGGUACAGGUACAGGGGGCAAAGGAAGAUGUGGACACAUAUUUUUGUAUAACGCUACUCUAGUGCUAAUCAAUAGAUCAACAUCAUGGAAUUUAUCCCCAAUAAAUUCGCAAAUGCGGUGUAGUCCAUGAGCAAAACAGGUGAUGUGCAACAUAUUUGUAAAUUUGACUUUUAAUAAUUAACCGGCUUUGCUUAUACACCUAUGGGACGGCAUCACUGACAAAUACUAGAACCUUUUUGUACUUUUCAUCUGCGUUGUCAUAAGUACAGUUCAAGCAGUCGUCUACUAUAGAUGAUAUAAUUUCGGCAUUCACUUUAUCCGAUAUAUUGCAU